CUCACCACUAUCUUUUCACAACUUAUUGUGAUUCCAAAGAAAAGGAAAUAUGGGUUUGAAAGGUAAGUUGAUUGCUUCAAUGGAGGUGAGGUGUGGAGGACACUUAAUUCAUGAUAUGUUUCAUACCAAUAUUCAUCAUAUACGCAACAUAAGCCCUAAACUGAUCAACCAUUGUGAGAUUCAUGAGGGUGAAAUCGGAAAGAUUGGUACAGUUCUUAGCUGGAAAUAUAUCGAUGAUGGAAAGGAAAAGUUUCGUAAAGAAGAGAUCAAACACAUUGAUCCUCAGAAGAGAUCAAUCACUUGGGAAGUAAUCGAAGGAGAUGUGCUAGAGUUGUACAACUUCUUCAUUAUUACCACAUCCAGUGAACACCAGUGGACUACAGUAACAUUUGAAUACGAGAAGAAAACUGAAAAUAUUCCAGAGCCUCUUUCGUUCUUGGAUUAUUUCGUCAAUGUGAUGAAAGAUAUGGAGGGUCAUCUACUCAGCAAAUAGAAUAUUCUGUGUAUGUUUGUGCUUAUGUGAUGAAUGUUUGGUAAUAUUGACGAGGUCCAGCUAACGUAUAAAAUAAAUUAAUAAUGCUAUAUAUAUAGUCUCUUCUGUAAAUGUAAUUCCAGAUAUGGUCAAUAUAUAUAUAUCUAUAUGUUAAAAUAUUAGAGUAUGAAUGUUUUUG